UAGUAUUAAGCAGAUACUUGACAUAAUAUUUCAAGCCAAUAGACAUAACAAAAUUACAUUCCCGAAUUAUUUUUCAUUGAACUAUAUAUACCUAAACAUGUAAAAUGUACCGAGGUUCGCUUAGACAUCCAAACAAGAAAGAUGACCAUCAGGCAAAAUCAAAAGACAAGCCUUUCGAAGUGGAAGACUAUCCACCAAAAGCUAAAAGACUUCUAAAUAAAUCACAGUUGAACAGAAGCUGUGAUGUUAGUCCUGUAACGAAAGACCAAGCCUUAUCUACGGAAAAUGUAGCAGUGGAUCAGUAUCAAAAACUUUUACUGGAGCAGUAUGGCUUCGACCCUGUUAGCCAGGACAAAGGGGAGACAAUCCUAUUCCUAAAGGACCAUAUUACCUUUGACAGCAACAGGAUACUACCAGAGCAUAUUGUAAAAAAGAGAAUAAAUUUCGGCGAUGUACUUAAAGUUGAUAAUGAAGCACAAUAUACAAAGUUAUUAAAAGACCAGAGUGUCUCUUAUGAAGACAUAACCUGUUGGCAGAAUGUAGAGAAUGCAGAUGAUAUCGAAAAUAUAUUUUGCACAGAAAACGCUGAAAUUCCAAUGCCGAGGCAAAUAGAAAUUUGCAACAUACCAACGGUGAAGGUAGUCGCGGAAAAAUAUGCGAAAUAUAAGAAAAACGAAGUGGAAGUGAGGAAAACUGAGGAAAAGAUUGUUUGCUUGGAAUAUGACGUUCUUCCGAAAUAUGGAAAAGUUAUUAAACCUAUGCAAAAGCUACGGGCUUAUUUCUCUGUCAGGCCUACUGAUUGCCAGGAUAUUAAAUCACCCUUAACAUCGUCUGUACGACUGAAAUUCAACAUUCCCGAGAAGGACAUGAACGCAUUGAACGAUAAGGAAAUUGAAAUUAUUGACGGAAAGAUCUCGGAAAAUAGACUGUAUUUGGAGGACUUGCGUCGCAUUCUUAGACACAAACAGGACGUGUACGUAAAGAAAAACAAAGCGUCCCUCGACUUGAUGUGUUUGUACAGAAUGGCAAAGAGGCAGAAACCGGUGGAAUGUUCUAGUACAAAUGUGCUCUCCAAAAAUGAAUUGGAAGAGAUUAAGAAUUUGAUCAAAGACAAAUGCACGUCUAGUAUGCACGGGAUGGAUCGGCACAGGAUUAAAAGCGAGUCGAAGCGGAAUAAAACCAUGAACGUUGUAUCAGAGAGUAUAUUCGCUGAAAUUGUUAAAAGUUUGAAAACUGAUAAAGCAGCCGCACACAAAAAUACUAAUGUAAUAGCAAUUUGAAAUUAAAAUGAUUCAUUCUGUACAAUAA